UGACUGUCGUAUUGUCAUUUGAGCAUUUUGUCGAUUGGAAUCUUUGCAUGUACUAUUUCGUACGAUAUGUCUUCAUCCGAAUUUGCCAUCUACGGCACUCCUGCUUCCCGUAGAGUGAAGGAAGGUGUUCGACCAGCUUCUGCGAAUGCCGCGCGCGUUAGAUCAACUACUCCAAGCUCAAGCAGUACGCCACAUGCACCAAGGAUACGGGCAGGCCAGCGAGAUGAGCGUCCGUGGAUGCCAGUGCCCGGUAAACCAGCAGACAGAGGCUAUAUGACCUCCAAGAAUGUAUUGAGUCAGGACCAUAAGGAAAACAUUGUAUUUAUUCGUCCGUUUAGAAAGCCACAGCAUCAUGUCGUACCCGAGGGAGUGCCGCCGUUGCAGCUGGGAAAGUUGAAACGAAGCGACGACAUGGAACCAAUUGCUAUUACGGACUUUGAAUCGAAUCGUUCAUCACAUUUGAGUUGGGGUGUUCAUGAUCGGGAGGAGUGGAGAGCUUUGCCUUCUCAUCGACCUCCGGCUGAUGUUCCUCAGCUUAAUAUGAGCUCAUUGGGAAGAAGUGGUGAUGAUGAACAAAGAGCUGCAAUACCAUCAACUAAGCCACAAGUGCGAAGGGCUUGGGGUGAAGAGCCUCCUGUUGCUAACCAAGAAGUGAAGAAGCAACAUGUUGUUGACGACACUCUAGAUAAAGACACUACUGGUACUGUAGGACUGGAACCAUAUGUUCAAGAUGUGAGACACACAUUUUCUCGUUAUACUGGAGGCCGACAAGUGUCAAGAUUUCCUCGUACACGGCAUUCAUCUACUGUUGUCUCGGUUCCUGAGCUGGCAAUGUCAGACAGAGUGCGGUUCAAUGCUCGAGUUGUUACAUGCAAUGGUCGUGACGUUCAUCGAGAGCUGUGUGGGUUUUUCUUUGCUCAAGACAAUUCUCUCACUUUGUAUGAGUUUCGACAACUCAGUAGUCGGUCAUCUGCAUUGCCUCUAAUUCAGAGAAAUUCAUAUGUUCAUGCGAGAGGACCAAGAGUAGGACAACCGAUAACAUUGUCUGACAUUGAUAUGGGUGGGAGUCUUACCUUUGACACUUGUGAUCAGUUGUCGUUGCCAGCAUCAAUGAAGUGUCGACAAUAUGUUGAGUUUAAAGUAACAGAUGUUGAUGAUCUGGCUAAGCAGAGACUACUGCGAUAUAAUCGCAACAAAUAUGGAAGUCCAGCAGACAAUCUAAGACAGUCGACUGAAGUAGAAAACACUCUUACUACUUUAAUGUCAAGCAUUCGAUCUCAAUCACGGAAUCAGAUUAAACCAAGGGCGUGUCAUAUUUGGCUGACCUUGAUAAGGCGUUUGUCUCAUCUCAAUCGAUCCGAAGACGGUUUAGUUAAGUUAUCCGAAUUUCUACAGACACUCAAUAUGUAUCACAUUAGAAUUAAUGAAGAGGUUGUGAAAAGAUUGUGUUUAUUGUUGUAUGGUGACAGCACGGACUUAGUUGAUUACAAUGAGCUUCUUUAUUGCUGUUUGGGAAAGAUGAAUGAACGAAGACUCCAGUUAGUCAGAAAGGCUUUUAUCAAGAUGGAUGCACAUAAAUCAGGUUUUAUCUUACUCAGUGAGAUGAAGAAAUUUUUUAAUCCGAGAGGCCACCCUGAUGUGUUUAAUGGUCGUCGGACUGAAUAUGAUGUGAUUCAGGAGCUUUACUCUGCAGUAGCGGGACCAAAAAAGAAACAGGAGGAGCUGUCAUAUGCAGAGUUUGAAGCAUUUUAUGAGGGCAUCAGUAUGAACAUUGACGACGACGACACCUUCAUUGAUGUGAUGAAGAGAUGUUGGAAUGUAUAAUGAUACACAUGCAAGCCUAACUAGGUUACACGUUUAGUACUGCUUAUAUGCCACAAGUUACAACUAUUUGAUUGUAGUAUUCUGUCUGUAGAGCCUUUUGCCUUUUACUGUAAACGGAAUUUGACUAGUGAAUGAUAACUAACUACCAUUUUCGAGAUGAGAAACUAGAAAUAAUAAUACGUCAGUUUAGUC